GACCAGAAGAUGUACACAACGCUCACUCACACAGUCACACACUAUCUCUCCGGUCUCAGUCUCCGCCAUGGCUCCCGCCGGAGCCACUUCCCUUCACUCUUCCCUCUGCAGCUUCUCUUCUCACAAACCGUCGCCUCCAAAUUCCCAGCAGCCAAACACCCAAUUGGGUCCCAAACCCAAAAGCCUCCUCCAAAAGCACCCACUCUAUACUCCAACCCACACCAGACUCUCCCUUGAAUUCAAAGAGAAAAUUCUCUGCCUUGAAAUUAUGGGUGUUGAUUCAGGCAAGGCCCUUUCAGUAAACCCUGAUCUCAGAACUGCCACUAUGGAAUCCAUCCAUUCCAUCAUCUCCUUCCUUCACUCCAAAGGCAUCCAACAGAAUGACUUGCCCAGAAUUCUGGGCAUGUGCCCUAAGAUUCUCACCUCCAGCAUCAAAUCUGAGCUUAGCCCAGUUUUUGAUUUUCUCUCCCACGAACUUCAAGUCCCAGAUCGCAGCUUCAGAAAGGUCAUUAACAAAUGCCCAAGAUUGCUCACUUCAAGUGUCAAAGACCAGCUCAAGCCAGCUUUGUUCUACCUUCAGAGGCUAGGGUUCAAGGAUUUGUUAGCCCUGGCUUAUCAAGAUUCUGUCUUGCUGGUUUCUAAUGUGGAAAGGACUCUAAUUCCUAAACUGAAGUUCUUGGAGAAUCUGGGUUUUUCAAAGGAAGAAACUAAAGAUAUGGUCCUGAGGUGUCCUGCAUUGUUGACCUUCAGCAUUGACAAUAACUUUCAGCCCAAGUUUGAGUAUUUUUCUGGGGAAAUGGGAAGAAAGCUGGAGGAGCUGAAAGAGUUUCCUCAGUAUUUUGCUUUUAGCUUGGAAAACAGGAUAAAGCCUAGGCAUAUGGAGGUUGUGCAAAGUGGGAUCAAUAUGCCUUUGUCUUUGAUGCUUAAGAGCACUGACGAUGAGUUUAGGGAGCUCAUGAAGCAGAAAACUGAAUGAUUGUGGUGAGAUCAGAGCUGAUGUAUUAUCACUGAACAAAGUCUUUAAUCAUUAAAGGAUGGUAACUUGGUAAGUGUAUGUGUAUAUGAGAGGUGAGGUGAUGUCACUAAAAGUUGUGUUAAUAACUUGAUAUAUCUAUAUAUUUCUUUCUCCUUGGUUUGCUCA